UUGUAGAUUACAAUUGCAGAACUACAUUUAAAUUCAUAUAUCAGAGAGGGAGAGAGAGGUUCAGCUUUUGCAUUGCAGAAGAAACAUGAGCAAACUAGUACUGCUGGUCUUGUGUUUUUCUGUGUUUUUGAUAAAUUUUAGAACAACAGAGGCUCGGAUUCGACACUAUAAAUGGGAGGUGAAGUAUGAGUUCAAGUCCCCUGAUUGCUAUAGAAAGCUGGUUAUCGCCAUCAAUGGCAAAACUCCAGGUCCAACAAUCUUGGCUCAACAAAACGACACCAUCAUCGUUGAGCUCAAGAACAGUUUGCUUACAGAGAAUGUUGCAAUCCAUUGGCAUGGAAUUAGACAGAUUGGAACACCUUGGUUUGAUGGAACAGAGGGGGUGACUCAGUGUCCAAUUCUUCCUGGAGAAACAUUCAAGUAUCAGUUUGUUGUUGAUAGACCUGGGACAUACUUGUACCAUGCACACUAUGGUAUGCAGAGAGAAGCAGGGCUAUAUGGUUCGAUCCGGGUAUCGGUUCCCGAUGGAGUUUCGGAACCAUUUGCCUACGAUUACGAUCGAAGCAUCAUCCUCAACGAUUGGUACCAUAAGAGCACUUAUGAACAGGCAACUGGAUUGUCCUCCAUUCCUUUUGCUUGGGUUGGUGAGCCUCAGUCACUUCUGAUUCAAGGAAAAGGAAAAUUCGAUUGUGCUUCUGUGACACAGCCCAACGUCUGUAAUGCAACAAAUCCUGAAUGCUCAUUCUACACCAUGACAGUAAUUCCUGGCAAAACAUAUAGAUUGAGAAUUGCUAGCUUGACUGCUCUAUCAGCUCUCAGUUUCCAAAUAGAGGGCCAUAACAUGACUGUUGUUGAGGCAGAUGGACACUAUGUGGAACCAUUUGUUGUGCAGAACCUAUUCAUAUACUCAGGAGAGACAUACUCAGUCCUAGUAAAAACAGACCAAGACCCAUCAAGGAAUUACUGGGCAACCACAAACGUUGUUAGCAGAAAUGCCACUGCCUCAGCCCCACCUGGUUUGGCCAUUCUCAAUUACUACCCAAACCAUCCAAAACGAUCUCCUCCAACAACACCACCAUCAGGACCUUUCUGGGACGACGUUAAACCACGUUUUCAGCAAAGUCUAGCCAUCAAAUCACACAGAGAUUUCGUUCACACAAUUCCACAAACACCUGAUAGAGUGAUUGUUCUUCUCAACACCCAGAACGAAGUCGACGGCCGGAGACGGUGGUCAGUCAAUAAUGUCUCAUAUAACAUCCCUCACACACCUUAUUUGAUUGCUCUGAAACAAAACAAAACCCAUCUCUUCAAUCAAGCCCCACCUCCAGAAGGAUAUGAUUUUGUCAACUAUGAUAUCUACAAAAGACAAAAUAACUCCAAUGCCACUUCAAGCGAUUCCAUUUACAGGCUGAAAUUCAAUUCAACAGUGGAUAUUAUACUGCAGAAUGCGAACACUAUGGUUGUGAACAACAGCGAGACACAUCCAUGGCAUCUACACGGACACGAUUUCUGGGUUCUGGGUUACGGGGAAGGGAAAUUCGACAUCAACAAUGAUCCCAAGAAGUACAAUUUAGUGAAUCCAAUAAUGAAGAACACAGUGCCUUUGCAUCCUUAUGGUUGGACUGCAUUGAGGUUUAUUGCUGAUAAUCCAGGAGUUUGGGCAUUCCAUUGCCAUAUAGAAUCUCAUUUCUAUAUGGGAAUGGGAGUUGUGUUCGAAGAGGGGAUUGAAGGGGUGGGAAAGUUACCUUCUUCAAUCAUGGGUUGUGGUAAAACCAAAGAAUCCCACAAUCCAUAGUCAAAUUUUCUUGAUUGCGAAGUUGCAGAAGAUGGGGACAAGCAGUCUGUGUCUUCUUGUGGAAUUGAAGUGAGCGAUUCAACUGGGUUUAUUCAAAGUCAACUGUUCGGUUUGACCAGAGACUUUGAUGUAAUAAUUCUGUAUAAUUGGUUAUAAUUCUUUUUUUUUGUUAAUAAUUCAUGAAGAUGUAUACAUGUAUCAUUGAUAUCUUGCUUUAAUGAAAUCAUCUUACUUUAGGGUUUAUACAA